AUGGCUGACGACGAGAUUCUGUUCGACGACGUGUACGAGCUGUGCGAAGCGAUCGGAAGAGGUCCCUUUUCCAUAGUUCGUCGAUGUAUCCAUCGGGAAUCGAAUCAGCAAUUCGCGGUCAAGAUUGUGGACGUUGCCAAGUUUACGGCUAGCCCGGGUCUCAGCACAUCCGAUUUGAAGCGAGAGGCCACAAUAUGUCACAUGCUAAAACAUCCGCACAUCGUCGAGCUGCUGGAAACGUACAGCUCCGAAGGAAUGCUGUACAUGGUGUUUGAGUACAUGGAAGGAUCAGAUAUUUGCUUCGAGGUGGUGCGCCGUGCCGUUGCAGGAUUUGUGUACAGUGAAGCAGUAGCGUGUCAUUAUUUGCGGCAAAUUUUGGAGGCGUUACGCUACUGUCACGAGAACGACAUCAUCCAUCGGGAUGUACGGCCCGCCUGUGCGCUGUUAGCAACUGCAGACAACUCCGCACCCGUCAAGCUCGGUGGUUUCGGUUCGGCCGUGCAGCUUCCAAAUGGGCGCGAUUCGGUGGAGACGCAUGGACGCGUCGGGUGCCCUCACUAUAUGGCCCCGGAGGUGGUUGCACGGCGUGUGUACGGCAAGCCGUGCGACGUGUGGGGUGCUGGUGUGAUGCUUCACGUUCUGCUAUCCGGUCGUUUACCUUUUCACGGUUCCGGCAAACGGCUGCAGGAUGCCAUCGCUCGGGGACGUGUCACGCUGGAUACCCCCGAAUGGAAGCAUGUAUCGAGCAAUGCGAAAGAUCUGGUACUGAAGAUGCUUGCACCGAAUCCCAUCAGCCGGCCGACAAUAACGGAAAUUCUGGAUCAUCCUUGGAUACGGGAUCGUGACAAACUGCAACGUAUUCACCUGGGCGACACGGUGGAGGAGCUGAAGCGCUACAACGCGCGCCGCAAGCUGAAAGCCGCCGUCCAAACGGUUGCUGGCGGCGUUGCAAUGGAUCCUCUGUGCUGUGCGGAUACCGACUCAAUGGCCAUUGGUACUGCAUCGGAAAGCCUCAACGAGUGGGCUGACGAGGAGGCGGGCCUGGAGGCGAUCCAGAAAAUUCUUGACUCAUUAGACGAUAUCAUUGCUUUGCAAGAUGCGAACUGCGAUCCGGAUGUGCUGGCCGGCAUGCUGCGCGACGUCAAGCUGCACGAGUUGCUGCAGUUGUUUGAUAGAAUCAGUAGUUCGGUUAUCAAUCCAUCGCGGGCCCCACCGGGAGACGCCAUCAGCCGCUGCCGGGACGCGAUCGAUGCCAUCUCAUCCACCGCGGGACACAAGUAUGUGCGCGAGAAGUCGGAGCUGAUCAACCUGCUAGGAUCACCACACAUUCAGGCUCUAUUACACACGCAUGACGUGGUAGCUAGGGAAGUAUACGGCGAAGAAGCGCUUCGUGUAACGCCACCACCGAUCGCGCCCUACCUGAACGGCGGAAACGAUGAAAUCGACAACGGUGACGCCGGUGAGCUACAGCACGUUACGCGCGUCCGGCUGGUGCAAUUCCAGAAGAACACCGACGAACCGAUGGGUAUAACGCUGAAGAUGACCGAAGACGGCCGGUGCAUCGUGGCCCGGAUCAUGCACGGUGGCAUGAUCCAUCGGCAGGCCACGCUGCACGUUGGCGAUGAGAUACGGGAAAUCAACGGCCAGCCGGUGCAGCAUCAAACAGUCAGUCAAUUACAGCGAUUGCUGCGGGACGCGCGCGGUUCUGUUACUUUUAAAAUAGUUCCUUCAUAUAGAAGUGCCCCACCGCCGGUUGAGCUAUUCAGGAUAAGACCAGCACCGGUUUUAGUUGAUCAGAUUUUCGUACGAGCUCAGUUCGACUAUGACCCGCUGGACGACGAGCUGAUACCUUGUGCGCAGGCAGGGAUAGCUUUUCGUGUCGGUGAUAUUCUACAGAUUAUUAGCAAAGACGAUCAUCAUUGGUGGCAGGCCAGGCAUGACGCUGCGGGAGGUUCAGCCGGAUUGAUACCCUCACCAGAGCUUCAGGAAUGGCGCAUCGCCUGCCAAUCGGCGGACAAAUCCCACAAAGAACAAGGAGAGGCAGGGCCCGGUUGUUCAGCACAGGCCGAAGGAUGUGAAGGACCCACAGUUAAUUGCUCAAUAUUUAGUCGUAAAAAGAAACAGUGUCGGGAUAAAUAUUUGGCGAAACACAAUGCGGUCUUCGAUCAGCUGGAUCUGGUAACGUACGAGGAGGUGGUCAAAGUACCGAUUGGCGAUCCAGCUUUCCAAAGACGCACACUGGUGUUGCUCGGAGCGCACGGCGUAGGACGACGUCAUAUCAAAAAUACGCUCAUCGCAAAAUAUCCGGAUAAAUACGCUUAUCCAAUACCACAUACCACCAGACCACCACGACCGGAUGAGGAGAAUGGGCGAAGCUACUACUUCAUAUCACACGAUGAGAUGAUGGCGGAUAUUUCGGCCAACGAGUACCUCGAGUACGGUACGCACGAGGAUGCGAUGUACGGUACCAAGCUGGAAACGAUACGACGCAUCCAUGCGGACGGCAAAAUGGCAAUACUGGACGUGGAACCACAGGCCUUAAAAAUACUUCGAACAGCCGAAUUUACGCCGUACGUUGUGUUCAUAGCAGCGCCACUGCUGCAAAACAUCGCCGACUACGACGGUAGUCUCGAGCGUCUCGCCAAAGAGUCCGAUAUGCUGCGCCAGGCGUACGGUCACUUCUUCGAUCUGACCAUCGUCAACAACGACAUCGGUGAGACGAUAGCAACGCUGGAGAAUGCCAUCGACAAGGUGCACUCGACCGCCCAGUGGGUGCCGGUGUCCUGGCUGUACUGACAAGAUAGUGAGCUAGAAUGUCCCGCUUGUUUGGAGGAUGAGUGCGAUUGUGAAUGCGAUUGUGAGCUGGAUCUGAAGUGAAUCCCGUAACAGUCGGAUACCUCACGGAAGACAUACGAAACAAAAACAAAAGUAAAACCCACGGCUA